UUUAUUGAAUUAAAUGCUGCCUUCAAUGAGUUAAUCAACAAACAGAAGGUGAGUCUGCAAGUUGUACUCUCGCAAUUCAGCAGUAGCUAAGAUGAGUCUGACAUUAUCAAUUUAUCACUCUCACUUGAACAAUCUGAUUUCUCCUAUGCUGAAUUCAGUUUUAUCUUAUCAUAGUUGACCCCCCUCAAAGGCAGCCACUUCGCACUCAAGAAGACCGCAAACUGCACUCUUGUUCAGACGAAUCUCACAAAUGGAGGAGAGUGGCAGAAAGUUUCCGCAGGUCAUCGCUGGGCUGGCUGCGUCCGGUGGUGCCUUGGCCGCAGGUACUUUCCUCGGGUGGACAGCACCGGCGGAGAUUCCACUGGUACAGAAGCACGAAUACGGAUUCCCCAUCAGUGCGGAGGACUUUUCCUGGAUCGGGUCGAUAGCCAACGUGGGUGCAGCGGUGGUGUGCUUUCCCAUCGGAAUACUGAUGAAGACGGUUGGAAGGAAGUGGGCCAUGCUGUCGAUGGUUCUGCCGUUGCUGAUUGGGUGGAUGCUGAUCGUGUUUGCGAAUAAUGUGACGAUGCUGAUGGCUGGGCGGUUCUUGCUGGGUGCUGGAGGUGGUGCGUUCUGUAUUGCUGCGCCGACUUACACGGCUGAGAUCGGCGAGCCGUCGAUUCGGGGAACGCUGGGUACGUUUUGUGAGCUGAUGAUUACGGUUGGUAUCCUGUUUGUGUAUGCUGUGGAUGCGGUUGGAAGUGUUCGGAUGCUGAGUGCCAUUUGCGGUGUGAUCCCGAUUGUGUUUGGGGUGAUCUUCUUCUUCAUGCCCGAGAGUCCUUAUUACUUCGUAAGUGUCGGGUAAAUGAGUUCCUAGGAAAUCAAAAUCUCUAUCGCAAAGGAUCGUGAAACUGAUGCUGCCAGAUCACUCGAAUGGUUGCGUGGCCACCUCUAUAAUGAGAUUGAAGAGAUUGAAGAACUGAAAGCAGAAGAAGCUAAAUCGCGAAGUGACAAGAUAACCAUCCUCCAAUGUCUCCAACAGCGAGCCACCAUCAAAGCGCUGAUAAUCUCUUUGGGAUUGAUGUUCUUCCAGCAGCUGUCCGGAAUCAAUGCCGUCAUCUUCUACGCAACAACAAUUUUCGACGAUGCCAACACCGGAUUGGAAGCAUCAACGGCAACGAUCAUCAUUGGGGUCAUCCAGAUGGUGGCCACCCUGUUGGCAACGUUCAUCGUUGACCGGGUCGGACGUCGAAUCUUACUCUUAGCGUCCGACUUCUUCAUGGCCCUUUCCACCAUCGCUCUUGCGGUGUACUUUCAGCUCAAGGAAUCCAACGAAACUCAGGUGGAGAACCUGGGUUGGCUUCCAGUUCUGGCACUCUGUCUGUUUAUCGCCAUGUUUUCCAUCGGUUACGGCCCAAUCCCGUGGCUGAUGGUUGGGGAGCUGUUCGCCAACAACGUCAAGGCCUACGUCAGCCCUCUGGCCGGAGUGUUCAACUGGCUGCUUGCUUUCCUCGUAACGAAGGUCUUCACCAACCUCCGAGACGCGCUUGGCAUCUCCGGGGCAUUUUGGCUGUUCUCUGGAAUAUCCCUGGUUGGUACCGCCUUUGUUUUCGUCAUUGUGCCGGAAACGAAGAGUAUCUCUCUGUUUGAGAUUCAGCGAAUUCUGUCCGGACACACAGUUCAAAGAACUAAAGGCUAGGUCACCUUUACCUAGAUCUAGCACUAAGGGGACGAUGUUAUGAGAAUAGCGCAAUUUUAGCCCAAGUUUCAAUGUAAUCUACGUAGGGUCGUUUGACCAAUUUUAAGAGAAAAACUAA